AUGAGUUCAAUGACCAUUGUGCAGCUCAUAAGCUCUGAAAAUGAUUACAAACAGUGCCUUUUGAGUUUGUUGAAGCUUUUACAGCUCGGGGCUGGCACUGGACACGCAUACGCGAGUUUGAACCCGCUGGGUGAGAUUUUGAGUAUAAAAGAUGCUGUUGCUUCUGGAGCGGAGGUGCUGAUAAGUCAACAUGCAAAUCUUCAAGAGCGAUUGGCUAGAAAAUAUGAUGGCGGUUGCAGCGAAGCCGCUGCUGUCGAACUGCUCGAUACUUGGCUUGCUCAGGCAUCUGUUUUGAGUGGGUACCAAAUUCUCUUCAAUGGUUCUCUCAAGCUUCUGUUCUCAAGCUUUGCGGUGUACCGGUUUUCGAAGACCUCGCAGUUCACAGAUCUUGUUCUUCAGGCUUAUCGGAGGGUAAAGCUGAUGAAACAAGUCACCGGAGCGUCAAAUCCGCAAUUAGCGUCACUUUUGCAUGGAUUUGAAACUCGGUUCAGGACUGCGUGGAGUACGGCCAAUUGCAAUGAUUUUAGGUAUGACAGCGUUCGGGACUUGCAAUCGCAUUCUCAUGACGUCGUGUGUCCUCCUCUUUUAGAAUUAUCGCAGAUGGUUAAAAGAGAUACGUUUCGGCUCACCUGCACAGCAUUUGGACUCGACGAGACUCUCGUCGAGCUUUUCCAGCUGCCGCAUGGAGAAUUGGCCAUAUUCAGAAUUAAUAGCGGGAAACUGACACACCUAAUUGAGUCACCUUCCCAAUUGUUGGAGGAAUUAGCCGCUAACAAGAGAACCGAGACUAGAGAAAUGGGACGAAGCCUUUUGUUCCCAACUAUAAAAAAAGAUGAACUGAACAUGAGCUAUAUGCCCAACGGUCGAAUUGCGCUCAAAACCAAAACGGGAAACGAUGUAAUUCUCGAAUUAACUCCCACAGAGCGGAAUCAAUGGGAAACGCAUUGGAGAGUCUUCUUCGAAAGUCUUUUCGCGGCGAAUGCUUGCACGCAGAACGCGCUUGGUGUCGUAUCUGCAAAUAUGACGAAAUCGGCCCAUUCGUAUCAAAAUUUCAAGAUCAAGCACGACAAGCUGUCUCAUUUGAGACCACAAGGUAAUGAGGGCCUCGCUGUUGCCCUUCCUGUCGCGAAAUCUGCUAGUGCAACGAUUUCGGAUACAAGACUUGUCAGGAAAACUACUCAAUUGCACAGAUCGAAGCCGCUCAAUAUUUCGCUAUCAUCCGUUAACGAAAUCAGAGAAAGACCAAGAAUUGAAGAUAUCGAAAACCUCAAUUUUGAUAGCUUAAUCGAGCUUGACAAAAGCAUCAGCAUAUCCAACUCGCCGGUUUCUCAAAGCUUAACACCGUCCCAAAACCAUUUCAAAGUGGUUGAUCGCUCUUCGUCAAGAGAAUUCGCAGAGUCACUUCGCGGAGAAUCCGCACAAGACGGCGAAAGCAUACUAUCUGAACUGUCAUUAGGAAAUGAAAAUCUCUCCUUCGACCUCGAUGACGAGCUGUUCAAGCGUCCCCAGUUAAUGAAACGAAAGUCUUCUUCCUUGCUAAGUUUAUUCAGCGCUAAAAAGGACAAGGUUCCACAACGAGAGAGGAAAAACAUGUCGGUUAGUGUUCCUGCAUCAGACUCGAGUUGCAGCGCGGUAAGCCUUUCAACGCCAGCCACCAAUAGCCCCCCUCUCUCUCCUCAAUCUGAUUCGUCGCCAUACCGCGAAAUUGCGAGACUCGUGAAUACAACUGGAAGCACUAACUUAUGUUGCUAUAAGGUUCGGAUGUCACAAUGGAAAAACUACGAUUGGGAAUACAUAUCGGGACACGGAGACAUGUACUUGAGUCUUCAUGAAACCGAAGAUCGGAAAGUCUAUUAUGUCGCUUCAGAGGACCUUGACAAAAGGAACGUCAAAUUGUGUGCUUUGAUCUCAUCGCGCUGGAAGCUGACGAGAUCCGCGGCUCAAGAUGCCCAGAUAAAAAUACCAGCCGAAGAUUUGAUGUGGAAAAAUGGCGAUCAUAAUAUAAACCUGACGUUGAGUGUAAGAACUCCACAAAUCGAAGGACUAAUGCGUUCUUUAACAUCAUGCUUGAUGGACGAAAAUGAACUCGGUAUGCAAACAUCUAAUACUCUACCAACAAUUUCAACAUCGUCGUCUACCUUUAGCGUCGGGAACCACAGGGUAAGCAGAUCGAACACUAAUUCUACAGGUCUUUCCUCUAUUAUUCAGGACAGUAGCUGUACCGCCAAAGGGGAAAUAGUCUCUUUAUUACUACUAUCCAACGUAAAAGUCAGGCUACACAAAAAGGAUCGCGACCAUGGGUGGAUAUUAACGGAUCGUGGGCUCUUGAGCGUUUACUCGCUUGAGAUUUCAAAUCAAGUUGAACUGAUCCGGUUCAGUCUUCAAACCACAAAUGGGAAAGCCACUUACUUUGAGACCAAGAUUCAUGAUAUUCGGAGGAUAGGCAGGACUGGUAUAUCUAUGGUUGAUCAGAAGGGUGAUUUUCUCAUUGAAUUCAAAGCUCAAACUAUGGCCGAUCAAGUCUUUAAACUCAUCACAUCUUUGGCGUGA